ACCCGGAGUAAAUGUGGUGGGGUCGUGCCCACAAUCACGAAUGAGGGGGAGGCCCCUCACUCCGCAGGCCCGGCUGGCACAGGCAGCGCAAACGAGGAAUCAAGGCAAGGCCAGUACCAGCCAAGAGCCUCCAAGGAGGGAACACGAACCAAGGAGAAGGAAAGAGGCUGUAGAAGUAGAGGACGACGAUGAUGAAGAGGAAGAGGACGAGAGGCUGCGCAGAGAAGAGGAUCAGAGAGCGGAGCAGCGGGCAAGGAAAAAGGGAACCAGGGGAGAGGCCGAACCGGCCAUACAUGACGGACCGCCCAAAAAGAAGAAAUACGCGGUCCGGUUGGAAGAGGGAUUUGACAUAGAGAAGGUGAUUGACCGGCUGCUGGAAGGGCAUAAUGACCUCAUGACCCUGAAGGAAAUCCUAGCGUCAGCCCCGCGACUCCGCGAUGAACWGAAGGGGAGGUUAUCRCGGCGCCUGGUGCCCAAUGUCCAUCUGGGUAUGAUCCUGCCCAAGGAGGCAGAGUGGGCAGAGUCAGGUACGAAGAUGGACUGGAAGUGCGUAGCCUGCGGUACGAUGGAUUUGAUGGUGAAGGGUUCCAAGUGCGCAACAAUGGUGGACACCGUGGCAGAGAUGAACAUUAUUCGGGAGGCGGACGCGAUCAGAUUCGGGCUGGAUAUAGACCGUUCUGACUGCGGUAUUCUGCAUGGAGCCAGCUGGAAGAAGAUGAAGGAAGCAAGCCAUGGAGUACGCUUGGAGGCUAUGGAAAUGGAAAUUCAGGAACUCAGGGCCUUGGUGGCCAGCCAGGCAGCUAUCAUCGAGAGCCUGAGGCAGCAAACCCAGGGAAGGGUGGACAGGCCAGAGAGCAGCAGGCAGGGAGAGCAGAGGCAGCCAGGACAGGGAUUGACAGGACAGCCAUUUGCAGCAGAGCCUCGCCGGGAGCCACCUAUGGCGAGAGUUAUCCUGGAGCCAGAGGAGGCGAGAGCCCAGAGACAGGCAGAGAGAGAGGCGUUCGAGUUUAGAGCCCCUACUGAGCUCGCAACGCUGCCAGUGGCGGCGGCAGACCCAGUCGUACCUUUGGCAGUAGAGGAGGGGCUGCCACCAUCUAGCAGUAAGCCGGCUCAGGGCUCAGCAGAGGGAUCCAUGGGCGUGCUCCUUGAGGCGGUGCAUACUAUGCAGGAGGAGGUGAGUUUGUUUUCACCUGAGCAGAGGAUAGAGGAGCCCCUUGAGAGAGAGAUAGGGAUUGAGGCGGAGAGUGUCAUCGAGAGCAGGCUCCAGAGGAUGGGCACACCUGAGUAUGGACCAGAGGAGAUUGAGGAGCAGCCCAUGGCAGUGCCAGGAGAGACACUCGAGAGGAGACCUCAGAGGUUGGACACACCUGAGUACGUCCCAACGACAGGGAAUUUGAGGAGCAGACUAGGAUCUUGGGCUACUGGAUCUGGGUCUGGGGGACCAGUUCCUGGGACAGAGCAACAGGAGGUCGUUAGUACCGCAGCUCCUCGAUCGGAGCAGUAGGGGGUUGUCAGUACCUUGGUAGGAUCUCCUUCAUCGCCACCCCCUCAGCUCAGGAAGAAGAAGUUCAAGAGGAAGAUUGAUCAACUAUGCUUCUACUGCAAGAGGGGCGUGCAUCUGACUC